GCACACAGCGCACUCUAUGCCCCUCCCUUUCCCGCUUGCUUGCUCCUUUCUCUCUUGAGUACUCGAGUACCUCUGCUUCAAAGGACCGAUCUUCAUUCACUGUACGAUGUCGACCGUAACGAAAAUCAUGCGCCCAAGUGGCAUGACCACAAAAACACUCAAAAGCUCAUGCCGUACCAUUAGUACUUCAUGCAGAAGUACGCUGGUGCGAGUCCAAAGCACUACAGCCCAAAGGCAGACAAGGACACUGCACUCUGCGACGAGUUGGGCAUCUGCGGCUGCCGCAGCCCUCAAGCGGACGUAUUUACCGCCGGAGUCGUCCACUCCUGCUAAUGGUGCCCCGACAGCGCGGAGCCAGGACCUCCCUGUGAGCAGGAUCGACGAGCGGAAGGUCGUCGUUGGGUUUGAUAUCGGAGAGUGGGCUAAAUUCCACCAUGUGUGGCUCCGGGACCACUGCCGGUGUCCCGAAUGCUUCCACCCUGUGACGAAACAGCGUCUUCUCAACACUUUCGAUAUUCCCCCGGAUAUCAAGCCGGCAAAAGUCGAAUCCAAACCCGACGGCCUUGAAGUCCACUGGCCAUCUUCGAUCCCACAUACUUCCUUCUAUCCCUGGGACUGGUUACGGCGACACUCCUAUGACCCACCACUCCCCCGGCACGAGUCUAGCUCAGAAGAAAUUCUCUGGUGCUCCAAAAUUCAGCAGGCACCCCCCACGGUCUCAUAUGAGGAAGUCAUGUCGCCCGAUGAGAGAGGGCUUUACAAAUGGUUAACGAACGUUGACAAGUUUGGCUUCUCGUUCGUCUCCGGUGUACCUGCUACAACUGAAGCGACAGAAGAGCUUUCAACGCAGAUUGGUUUCAGCCGAGAAACUCAGUAUGGCAAAUUCUGGGACUUCACGGCAGAUCUUGCGAGGGGUGACACUGCCUAUACGAACUUGGCCCUCGGUGCUCAUACUGAUAAUACCUAUUUUACUGACCCCUGUGGUCUCCAACUUUUCCAUCUUCUUGAACACACUGGCGGCACCGGCGGCGCUACACUGCUUGUCGAUGGCUUUUACGUCGCUUCCAUCUUGAAGGAGCUGUAUCCUAAGGCAUACGACACCCUCUCGCGCAUCGGCGUCCCCGCCCACGCUGCUGGCGAGCCCGGCUCAGUAUACACGUUGUUCCCUGUGACAGGCUACCCCAUCCUCCGGCACCAUGGUGAUGAACUUGUGCAAGUGCGAUGGAAUAAUGACGACCGGAGCACGAUGGACCACUUGACGGCGAGCGAGAUGGACGAGUGGUACGAUGCGAUACGACUUUGGCACAAGCUCCUCACAAGUGCGGACUCGGAGUACUGGGUGCAGUUGUCGCCCGGUACCGCCGUAGUUGUAAACAAUCAUCGAGUCCUGCAUGGCCGCUCUGCAUUCACAGGCAAGCGUCGCUUGUGCGGCGCAUACAUCGGCCUUGACGAGUACCGCUCUAAGCUUGCGGUCCUGAAAGAGAGAUUUUCUGAUCAAGAUCCUGCUUCGCUCUCCGCCGUUAUCCUACCACCAAAGGAACGGAGUGUAUGGAGCCCGCUCUUGUAGGCCCAGGUACCACUGUAGAUGCUGCUGGCGGGGGAUGUCUUUCGUGUUUCAAAACUUUAUGGUGCUUUACAUUAUUGCUCUGACCAUGUUCUCUUUCGUGCUCGCUUUGCCGACGUCUGUAUACUACGAACACUGCUCUUCUGCACAAACAAACUAGCCAUCUCUGGUCGCUAAUCCUACACUACUUCUGGGAUUAGA